AUGGGUUGUAUUAUUGCCAUGAUCAAGGAUAAGCCAAUCGCCCCUGAAGUGCUGGCGGCAUUUACUCUGAUCUCUGUGAUGCCCAGCCUUAUCAUCCUCAUGGAUGAUGAUGUUGGACACAUGAUCCUCCCCAUGAUUCACCGCCCACGUUCUUUCCGGGGGCAGCUCAACCUUAAAGGUGCUGUCCCUCGGGAAGGAGAUAGCAUCGUGGUGGCAAGGGAUGCGCUCCAAGUGUGGUACUGGAUUGGGUUCUUCUGGGUGUUCCGUAUGCAGCCAGUUCCUGGGGUCGUGCCAGAGGUCAGCUCCCCGCUGGAAGACCUUCUGGGAACUGGAACACGUGCUAGAGUCCACGACCGACGCUCCCAGGGUCAUUCGAAGGUCGUUGCCGAGGACAAAGGCCAUGUCGGAUGCGAGGAGGAUCCCCUUGACCGCGGAGUUCCCGGAGAGAAAAAUGGUAGUUCGGGGAGCAGCUGUGAAAUCCGCCGUGUCUCGUGA